UGAUUGGUGGGAAGAGCAGUAGCGGUGGCAGGGAUGGAAGGAAACUGGGUUUUGCUCAAUGUACACACCCUGUAUUUGGAAACAAGCCUCCAUUUACCCGGAGCAGAUCACAGGGUUGCCGUGCUGUGUGUGAGUGUCUGUCCGUUUAAUGUGUGUUUGUCUCUGCAGCUGGUCUGUCCUCUUAUCUGGCCUGACCACCAUCAACAUGCACGUAGACUGUAGUGCUCUUGUUCUGCUGCCUAAGUAUUUGCCACUUACCACCAGCGUUGUCGUCAGGGAUUGCCAGUGUGCUGUGGUUCUCAAGGACAUCAGUAUCAACGUGCUCGAUAUCCGUGCGAGCGUGACAGCCAGCCUAGGGAACAACAUCGUACUGGCGUUACAAGUCAAGACCCCUACAAUACUUUCAGCUUGUAUUUCCUUCGGGCAUUCAAAGAUGCUGAAUGAUAUUAACUGUGUAUUCCCAUUUGAGAAGGGAAAGCUCUUGUAUGUGGCUCAAACUCCAAAAGUAAAUAACCGGUUCAUUGAAAUUCCUGUACAGAUGGAAUACCUGGCCGACAAUGGGAAGAAGAUCCCCAUUCCACCCCUUUCGGAGGACUUUGUGAUACUGCCAGAAAUGAAUUAUACAUCUGAGGCCAUAGGAGAGAACGUCAUCACUUCUGUCCUCUCCUACACAGUCUUCAAGAAACCUCAUUCCUUCUUUUGUACCCCUCAAACGUUUCUUGACACUCUCUCCCUGGAGCUGAUCCUCUCUGAACUGAUUGUUUCCAAGUGCCCAAACUGCACUCCAAUCUCUUCUUCACUGCUCAUCGUUACCAAACUAGUCAAACCUCUGACGGUCAGUCUGGAUGUGAACCUGUGUGCCAUGAAUCUCACUCUCAGCCUGGAGAUAAUGGAUAAAAAAGGAACCAAGAAACCUGUGCUCCUCAUUGCUUUGAAAGCAGUCCUGCGGAAUCCAAGCUUGUGUGUCAUUAAAACAGAGGAGUGUGCCCUUUCCGGCCGCCAACCAGGCCUUCCGAACGUGGGCAGACUGUGA